GGCUUUCUUCCCAAUUACAGUCCACCAAACUCCAGAGUCUCCGCUUGAUUCAAACAGACCUCACUCCCUCCGUCGCAAUGGCGAUCUCUCCCACCACAUUCGCCGUCGCCGCUCUCCUCCUCAUUACCCACCUCACAUCCCCCGCCGCAUCCAUCUCCUCCGACCCCGUCGUCACCGAGCUCUCUGUCCUCCAAUCCCAGUCCCCCACCGGCGUCAUCCGCCUCUCCGACUCCCUCCUCCGCCGCAUCCUCUCCCUCCCCACGCCCCGCCCCUUCCACGCCCUAAUCUUCUUCGAUGCACACCACCUCCACUCCAAGCCCGAGCUCUCUCUCCCCACACUCAAAUCCGAAUUCGCCCUAGUUUCCGCCUCUUUCCAAUCCAACAACCCUAAUCACAAAUCCAAACUCUUCUUCUUCGAAGUCGAAUUCCAGGAAUCUCAAUCCUCAUUCGCCCAAUUCGGCGUCAACUCCCUCCCUCACAUCCGCCUCAUCCCGCCGACCGCCUCCGAUGUCAAAACGCAAUCGAUUCAAAUGGACGGCGCCGAUUACUCGAGGCUGGCCGAUUCCAUGGCCGAAUUCAUCGAAUCCAGAGCUCAAUUGACCGUCGGCCAGAUCAAUCGCCCCCCUGUGGUUUCGAGGAAACAAAUCGCAUUCAUAAUCGCUGUAAUCCUGCUCAUGACCCCCUUCUUCCUGAAGAAAUUGAUCGCUGGCAACACCAUUUUCCACGAUAAGAACGUAUGGAUGGCGGGGGCGGUUUUCGUCUACUUCUUCAGCGUUUCGGGGGCGAUGUUCAACAUAAUUAGGAAAAUGCCGUUGGUAAUUGCGGACAGGCAGGAUCCGUCGAAGCUGGUGUUCUUCUACCAAGGAUCAGGGAUGCAGCUGGGGGCGGAGGGGUUCUCGAUCGGCUUCUUGUACACGAUCGUGGGGCUGCUGCUGGCUUUUGUGGCUCAUGUAUUGGUGAGGGUGAAGAACAAGACUUUUCAGAGGGCUGUGAUGCUGUUUGCGCUUUUCGUGUCGUUCUGGGCCGUGAAGAAGGUGAUUAACUUGGAUAAUUGGAAGACCGGGUAUAGCAUUCAUGCCUACUUACCUUCGAGCUGGCAGUGAUGGCUUUGGUAAGAAAUUGAUGUUGGUUGAAUUUGUAGUUGUAGUUCUUACAGUCACAGACAUACUUGAGGCUUUCUUCUUUUGAUUGGAUAUGCAAUACUGAAUAUUUUUGCUA